CGGCAUAAAGGUAUAAAUAUUGGUCAAUUUUACUGUUAUACAAUAUACAACAAAGUUGAACAAAUAUUUUCAUAAAGACAUGUUGGCUGGGGAGGUCAAAAAAGAUGUUGCAGUUUUAGUGCUUCACACAUAUCCAUUGUGUAAAGACAGCGACAUGCCAGAGGAGAUGAAGCAAGAAGCGAUAGAAACUUGUGUUACUGCUGUAGAAAAAUAUUCAGAAAAUUAUGAAUAUGCAGCUCGCAUGAUUAAAGACAAUCUAGAUAAGAAAUUUGGACCACCUUUUCAAGUAGUUGUGGGGGAAGCUUAUGCAUGCACAAUUACAUAUCAAGAGAAAUCAUUAUUACAUAUGUUUAUUGGAGGUAAUGUAGCAGUUGUGGUAUGGAGAACAGUUAAAGGUUUUUGAUAAAUUUUUAAAAAAUAAA